AUGGAAAUGGUCGAUUCAUCAGAAGACAUAGUGAUAGUAGAUAACCAACCACUAACAGUGGGGCAUCUAAACAAAAUUAAAGCGUUUGCUGCAAAUGGAACGACUCAUUAUCCUAUUUCUACGUUAAACGCCCACUUAUUGAGUGGGUGGAAGUGGAAUACUAUUCUAGGAUACAACGCUGCAGUGAAGAAAUUUAUAUUCUUUAAAAAUUUAUCCGGUAAUCACAAUUUCAAGUUACCGGCGUCGAAGAAAGAUAUCGAAGAUUUUUGCUUCUGGGCGGGUAGAAAUUUAUAUUUAAACAACUCGUACAAGAUAUCGGCACCGUCAAUCAAAAAGUAUUUGUGUGGUUUAAAAGCAUGGCAUACGUUUCACAACGAAGAAUACCCAGAGAUAGCAGACAAACGAAUCGAACUAUUGCUUAAAGCAUCGUUCAGAAUAGAUGCAACGCUGCCGAAGAAACCGAAGAAACCACCAAUUCUACUGAAGCAUUUGAUCUGGCUUUCGAACGCAUUAUUCCCCGGCGGAGAUAUUGAUAAAACAAUAAUGGAUUUGGCGAUUGUUUCUUUUUGGGGGAUGGCACGUUUAGGCGAAUUUACUUACGACAACCCUUUCGGAGACUUAAAUUCGGAAAACUCAGUUUUGACAUCAGACGUCAGACUCGUCAGGUCGCCAAUAGGCGAGAAGGCUAUUAUAACCGUUCGUAACGCCAAAACAGCGCAACCCGGUAAACCCCAAGAAAUUGUGGUACAUAGUUUGAAAAAUAUGUUAUGCCCCGUAUUAGCAUUGAAACGAAGACUAGAAGAAGUGAAUGGAACAGACACCUCAUUAUUCGGUUUUUACAGAGAUGGAGUUAGGCGACAUCUAACGAGGCCGAUUUCGGUGAACAGGAUCCAAUUGGUUCUUCGAGUAGGAGGUUUUGAAGGUCUCCUCGGACACUCCUUUCGAGUCGGUGGCGCCUCCUUAAGAUUAUAUAUUAGAGAAUACACCGCCGAAGAUAAAGAAGAUAGCAAGAAGAUCAUUGCAGAGUUAAAUGAGUUGUGGGAGGAAGAUUGA